AUGAAAGUAUUUUCUUAAUAUAUUUUUCAUAGAUUAGGUUCAAAUUGUCUGAUGGUUAUGAAUUUUACUAAGAAUAGUUAUAAUUCUAAUUGUGGAUCAUUAAGUUUAGAUUUCAAAAGGCAAGAUUCCAAUGA